AUGACUAUUCAACAGAAAGCAGGAUUUUUGCUCGAUUAUUUAAACAACCAAGAAAUGUUUCAUAGACUUGAACUUAUAUUUGUUGAGGCACAAACAUUGCUUUAUGAAGAAUCGACGUUAAGACCCGAGAUUACGGACCACCUUGUACCAUGGACGAUGGACGAAUUGCCAAAUGUACUGCAAAGUCAAACAUUUAAAAACUGUUUUCAUAUUUUUGCCGAAGAGAUAAACAAUGCUAAUGUAUCGAUCGUUAACAGGACAAACGAAUUCACUGUCAUGUCUGGAAUUUUCUCACAGAUGGACUGGCUCGAUGUUGUUGAUAACAUAUCAGCUGAUCUCUUUCAACAUUGGAUGGUUACCCAAGGGUCAGACAAAAUCGUAGCUAAGAAAAUCGUUACUUCUUUAUUUGCUGAAAUACAGAGAACCAUUAGAACUUAUAUCCUUCCUGUAUUACCGGGUUUACUUACAGAUAUUAGCAAGAUCAAACCAGAAUCAAAAUCUCCGCUCCAAACUGAUGAAUCUGUAACACCAACACAAACGUCUUCAACAACGACAAAACCACGGCCAUCAUCUAUAAUCACCGAAGUAAAGAAUGCGAAAGACUUCAACGAGAAACAAUUAUUGAUUUAUAAUUACCUUGUGAAUUCGAAUAACAAAGAAACAUUUGACAAAUUGGAACGCAUACUGAUAUCUAUUAUCCCGUUGUUUACUGAUCAACCUACCAUUCGCGAGGAUAUUCAGUCUGUAUUUUUCCUAUGGACACUUGGUACCUUACCAGACUUUUUAACCAGUAAAAUGUUCAAAAACAGUUUUGACUUUUUCGUCACCAAAAUGAAUCAGGCUGACUUAACUGGAUUAAACAUUACGGAUGAGUAUCAAUUCAUGGCAGGUGUCUUUAAACAGGUAGAUUUGGCAGAAAUUCUUGAGCGGACUAUUUUCUAUGUCGUAACAUCAUUGUCUCUCAAAGAAGACAUUAUCAAAUGUGACAAUUUACCAUGCAUGAAUGGUGGCCAAUGCUUAGAUAUAAACAACGGAUAUCACUGCACCUGCCCAAAAGGAUUUACUGGGGAGAAUUGUCAAUACGUAACAGGAACAAUAUUGCACACUAGACCUAUCAUUCGUGCAUUAUCUACUGUGCAAGUAAAUUACCAUUCUGACGCCAAACUGGUAUGCAACGUCGAAGGCUUCCCAGUACCGUCAAUAACGUGGAAAUAUAACAAUAACUUUUUGUCAUAUACUGGAAACGUGUUAGCUAUACAGGAUGUAACAAGUGACAAAACAGGACAUUACACGUGCAUAGCAACGAACAAUGUUGGUGUGAGUCAAGCUGAAAUACAACUAAAAGCAAUCAAAGUUUCAGAUAUUGCCCGGAUUAUAACACCAGCUACAGCAGCAGUUAUUAUGACUGGCCACUCCCAUAAUUUCACCUGUAUCGCUACUGGACAGCCAACACCAUCAAUUGAAUGGACGUUCGAGACGUUUAUUCAUCAUUCAACCACAAUGCCGCCUCACCAGUUAUACCAUCAUGGAACGAUUCUAACUUUAAAUGCAAUAAAAGCACAAGAAUCAGGGACUCUGACUUGUACAGCACGUAACGAUAUUGGAGAUGAUCAGGUUUCUGUUCCAGUUAUAUUCAACAUGCGUAAGUUAUCAAUAUAA